CAGAUCCAAGAUUUGAUAAGCAACGUCUCCAGGUUAACUAAAGAGCUUCGGUCUUCUGCCCACAUCUCUAGUGAAAAGAUUGAGAGCAUCCUGGAAGCAAACAUGUCGCACUCCAAGAGUCUCUGCAGUGUCCUCGCUGUGGCCCUGGCUGGUGAGUGUGACGAGGAAGGCCUGUCUCUCUUGCUGACGCCCCCUGCCGAUGACAGAUCUCGGCUUGCAGCCCAGGAGCUGUGUGGCCUGCCCGAGUCACGUGUGUACCCUCAGCUGGUGUCCAUGGGACGGAACCUGAACCUGAGGAGCUUCAUCUUCAAAGUUCUGAUGCCGCCCCAAGCCAGGGGCUUGCUCUACUCCCUGUUGGAUGUGGUGUCCAGCCUCAGCUCCUUGCUCGACAGAGCUCAGCACGUCCUUCGGCAUCUUCCUUCCUUUCUUCAGAGCCUGAGCAUCGAUGCCUGGCUGGACCCGUCGAGCUUGCAGCAGGCUCCACCGAGUGGGCGGGCCAGAGAUUCAGCCGACGGUUCUUUCCAGUCUGUGAUGAAGAUGGUUUGCAAGGACCAAGCACCUUUUCUUAGCGACUCGAACACGUUCAUUAACUUGCCCCGAGUUAAUGAGCUUUUGGAGGAAGACAAGGAAAAAUUCAACAUUCCUGAAGGUUCAACUCCAUUCUGCUUGAAGCUGUAUCAGGAGAUCUUGCAGUCUCCGAAUGGUGCCCUGGUGUGGUCCUUCCUGAAACCUGUCCUCCAUGGAAAAAUCCUGUACACGCCCAACACCCCUGGGAUUCACCAGGUCAUCCAAAAGGCGAAUUCUACCUUCCAUUUUGUGGACAAGCUAAAGAUUUUAUUGGAAAUGCUGUUGAAGAUGUCCAGCCUGCUCCAGGGAAGCACGAAAGGCCAGAUGUUCAACCAGCUGCAGGAGGCCCUGAGAAACAAAUUUAUCAGAAGGUUUAUCAAGGCCCAUCUGCACAUUGAUGUGGACGACUUAAUCAAACAACUCCAGAUGAAUGGAGGCAUGCUGGAUACGAUGCUGAGUAAUGCGGGGGCUGACCAUAUCCGCUUCCUGGGCCGUGUCUUGGUCAACCUGUCCUCCUGCGUGACGUUGAACCGGUUCCAGGCUGCGGAGUCUGUGGGUGCUCUGGAGACAGAAGCACACGAGCUCAUGAAACACAACAGCUUCUUAGCCAGUGUCAUAUUCAAUAGUUCCUUGGCAUCUCCCAAGCUGCCACCCCACGUCACCUACACAAUGCGGACCAGUGUCUUGUACAGCAUGAGAACAGAUCUGGUGAGAAAUCCUGCCUGGAAGUUCCAUCCUCAGAGCCUGCCAGCUGAUGGGUUCAAGUAUAACUACAUCUUUGUCCCGCUGCAAGACAUGAUCGAAAGAGCCAUCAUCGCCGUGCAGACGGGACACGACGCUCCAGAGCCGGCUGCCCAGACACAGGCGGCUCCCUACCCCUGUCACACCAGCGACCUAUUCCUGAACAACGUGGGCUUCUUUCUCCCCCUGAUCAUGAUGCUGACCUGGAUGGUGUCUGUGGCCAGCAUGGUUCGGAAGCUGGUCUAUGAGCGGGAGAUCCAGCUGGAAGAGUACCUGCGGAUGUUGGGCCUGCACCCGACGACCCACUUCCUGGCCUGGUUCCUGGAGAACAUGGCGGUGCUGGCCGUGGGCAGUGCCGUCCUGGCCGCCGUUCUCAAAGUGAGCGGCAUCUUUGCGCACAGCGACACCUCUGUCGUUUUCCUCUUCCUGCUGGACUUCGGGCUGUCGAUUGUCAUGCUGAGCUACUUGCUGAGUGCGUUUUUCAGCCGUGCCAACACAGCAGCCCUUUGUACCAGCCUGCUGUACCUGAUGAGCUUUCUGCCCUACAUCGUCCUCAUGGUCAUGCGUAACCAGCUGAGUCUUGGCAUUCAGACAUUUCUGUGCCUCCUCUCGACAACAGCCUUUGGACAAGGAGUAUUUUUCAUUACAUUCCUGGAGGGACAAGAGGCAGGGAUCCAGUGGAGUAACAUGUACCAAGCUCCAGAACAUGGGAGCAUGGCGUUUGGCUGGGUUUGUUGGAUGAUUCUCUUUGAUUCAAGCCUUUAUUUCUUAUGUGGAUGGUACCUCAGCAACUUGAUUCCUGGGAGCUUUGGCGUGAGGAAGCCCUGGUACUUCCCUGUCACGGCCUCGUACUGGAAGAGCCUCUGCGACUUCCUGGAGAAGCAGCAGAGCUCUGAGAGCUCCAGCCCUGUUGGCAGUGAGAACCUCGGCUUCACAGGGUUGUCACCCCAAAAUGGAGCAGAGGAGCUGGAAGGAGGCCCUGUGGGAGUGGCCUUGGUGUCUGUGAGCAAGGAGUAUGAAGGCCACAGGAUGGCCAUCCAGAACCUCAGCCUCACCUUCCACAGAGGCCAGAUCACUGCCCUGCUGGGGACCAACAGUGCCGGGAAGACCACCAUCAUAUCCUUGUUGACGGGGCUCCGACCCCCCACCUCUGGAACCAUCAUCGUUGAUGGCAAGAACGUGCAGACGGACCUGUCCAGGGUCCGAAGGGAGCUGGGGGUGUGUCCGCAGCAUGACGUCCUUUUUGACAACCUCACAGUCCGGGAGCAUCUGCUGCUUUUUGCCUCUAUAAAGGCUCCGUGGUGGACUCAGGCGGAGCUGCAGCAGCAGGUGGCUAAAGCCCUCCGGGAUGUGGACCUAACACAAUACCAGCACAAACCGACCUGCGCCCUGUCUGGAGGCACCAGGCGGAAGCUGUCCAUGGCCAUUGCUUUCCUGGGCACAUCACGGACCGUGGUGCUGGACGAACCUACCAGCGGUGUGGACCCCUGCUCCCGCCGUGGCCUCUGGGAUAUUUUGCUCAAGUACCGAGAAGGUCGCACAAUCAUCUUCACCACCCACCACCUGGAUGAGGCUGAGGCGCUCGGGGACUGUGUGGCCAUCCUGCAGCAUGGACAGCUCAGAUGCUGUGGCCCUCCUGUCUGCCUUAAGGAAGCCUAUGGCCAAGGGCUCCACCUGACACUCACACAGCAACCUUGCAUUCUGGGGCCUGGUGAUCCCAAGGACAUCGCAUAUGUCACAUCCCUGAUACAGAUCUACAUUCCACAAGCAUUUCUCCAAGGCAGCAGCGAGGGAGAACUGAUCUAUACCAUCCCCAAGGGCACAGACGCAGCCUGCUUUAAAGGGCUUUGCCAGGCUCUGGACCAGAACCAGCAGCAGCUGCGCCUGGCGGGUUACAGCCUCUCUGACACUACUUUGGAAGAGGUGUUUCUGAAACUCCUGCAGGACUCAGACGAGGAAUCUCACCUUGCCCCGGGAAGCGAGGCCCAGCCACAGGAGCCCGACCCUGCUGGCCCAUCUCCUGGCUGCCGUGACUCAUCCGUGAGGACUGCACUUGUGCAUGGCCGGAAGCUCCUCCUGACCCACGUGGCUGCCAUCCUGCGCAAGCGGCUGUGCCACACGUGCCGGGCCUGGAAGAACAUGCUCUCGGACCUGCUGCUGCCUGUCCUGUUUGUGGCCCUGGCCAUGGGCCUGUUUCUGGUGCGGCCCCUGGCCACCAGCUACCCUCCCCUGCAGCUGACCCCGGGCCAUUAUGACAGCGCUGAAACUUACUUUUUCAGCAGUGGGGAUGAUGCCAUGGACCUCAGCCACGUGCUUCUGCAGAAGUUCAGAGACCAAGGGCUCAUCUGUGCUGACUCCAGCUCAGACCUGGAGAACUCCUCCUGCUGGCACCGGGAUCUCUUUCCUGCCCUGGAAUUUCAGGAUUCCUGUGGCUGUCUGAGGUGUCCAAACAGCAGUGCGGGGGCUCCCUGCCUGACCAACAGCCUGGGCCACACCCUGCUGAAUCUCUCUGGCGGAGAUGUGGAGAAGUACUUGCUCAUACCAUCCAGAAAGCCCAGGCUUGGCGGCUGGUCCUUCGGAGUGCGCAUCCCCAGUGGCCCUGCGGCUGAGAAUGGCAGCGCAGCACAGCCCACAACUCUGGCAAAGGUGUGGUAUAACCAGAAGGGCUUUCACUCCCUGCCUUCGUAUGUGAAUCAUCUAAACAACCUUGUGCUGUGGCGCCAUUUGCCCUCUUCUGUGGACUGGCGACAAUACGGAAUAACCCUCUACAGCCACCCAUAUGGAGGAGCCUUGCUGAAUGAGGACAAGAUCCUAGAGAGCAUCCGUCAGUGUGGCGUGGCCCUGUGCAUCGUGCUGGGCUUCUCCAUCCUGUCUGCAUCCCUUGGGAGCUCCGUGGUCAGGGACAGGGUGACGGGAGCCAAGAGGUUGCAGCACAUCAGUGGCCUUGGCUACAGGACGUACUGGCUCGCCAACUUCCUCUAUGACAUGCUCUUUUAUUUGGUUUCCGUGUGCCUGUGUGUAGCCAUUAUCGUCGCCUUCCAGUUAACAGCUUUUACGUUCCGCAAGAACUUGGCGGCCACGGCCCUCCUGCUGGCGCUUUUCGGAUACGCCACACUCCCGUGGAUGUACCUCGUGUCCAGCAUCUUCUCUAGUGUGGACAUGGCCCUCAUCUCCUACAUCUCACUCAAUUUCAUCUUUGGCCUGUGCACCAUGCUCAUGACCACUAUGCCCCGGCUGCUGGCCAUCGUGUCCAAAGCCCAGAACCUGCAGAACAUCUACGAAGUCCUCAAGUGGGCCUUUACGAUUUUCCCCCAGUUCUGUCUGGGUCAAGGGCUGAUUGAACUCUGUUAUAAUCAGAUCAGAUUCGAUCUGACCCACAGCUUUGGUGUCGAUUCCUACGUGAAUCCCUUUGAGAUGAAUUUCUUGGGCUGGAUCUUCGUGGCCCUGACCUUGCAGGGCACGGUUCUGCUGCUGCUGCGGACUCUGCUGCACCGUGACCUGCUCGGGCAGUCGGGGUAAGUGCCGAAG